AUGGAAGAUACUUUCAAAAACAACUUAUCCAAACUCCCUGUUUUGGAUCCUGCUUCCAAGGUCAUUUUUCUGUUGGACAAGUGUGACGUGUUCCUUGGUGAUGAUAUUUUCUUGACUGAUCUCUUUACAAAAACCUUCUCUCGUCCCAUAUUCGUAUGGUUUCCUCAGCCAAGUCAGAAAACCCUAACCCGAACCAAGCUUGUGGAGAUCUACACCAGACUUGGUGUUCGUACAUUGUCUGAAUCUGUAAAGAAAAACACAUCUGAUGUUGAUCAUGAUGCAUUCAAGCCGGUUGAUUCAAAAGAAAAGAUAAUAAAAAAGGGGUUGUUAAAACUCAUUUUGGGCUUUCUUGCUGAUCCUAAUCUGAAAAUCGAGCCAAAGAAGAGACAUGAAUCUGCAGAUCUUCGUGGAGGAUCAAGAAUAUCUUACUUCCACCUUCUCAUCUUAAUUAUAAGGAGAAAACUUGAUAAAUCAGAGAGUUAUGGCGGUGGAAGUUUGUUUAAAGUGGCAGAAACUUAA